GUUUUCGGCUGGUAAUUGCUUGUUGCCGCUUGUGCGCGUGUGUUCAUUACUACGAUUGUUGAAAAUGAAAAUUGAAGAAGUUAAAAGUACAUCAAAAGCUCAAAGGAUAGCUUCGCAUAGCCACAUAAAAGGUUUAGGACUUGACGAAAAUGGUUAUGCCAUACAAUCAUCAUCUGGUCUUGUGGGACAAGAGCUGGCUCGAGAGGCAGCCGGUGUUGUUGUUGAACUUAUUAGAUCCAAGAAAAUGGCUGGAAGGGCAGUCUUGCUGGCUGGUCCACCAGGAACAGGAAAGACAGCCAUAGCCUUAGCAAUUGCACAGGAACUCGGCUCCAAGGUUCCAUUUUGUCCCAUGGUAGGAAGUGAAGUAUAUUCUUCAGAGAUAAAAAAGACAGAGGUUCUGAUGGAAAACUUCAGGCGGGCUAUUGGACUUCGGAUCAAAGAAACCAAAGAAGUUUAUGAAGGGGAAGUAACUGAACUCACACCAGCAGAAACAGAAAAUCCCAUGGGAGGUUAUGGUAAAACAGUCAGUCAUGUUGUUAUUGGCCUAAAGACUGCCAAGGGAACAAAGCAACUCAAACUUGACCCCUCCAUCUAUGAAAGUUUACAGAAAGAGAAGGUGGAAGUUGGAGAUGUUAUUUAUAUUGAGGCUAACAGUGGAGCUGUGAAGAGGCAAGGUAGAUCUGAUAAUUAUGCCACAGAAUAUGAUCUUGAGGCAGAAGAAUAUGUUCCCCUACCCAAAGGAGAUGUCCACAAGAAAAAAGAAGUGAUUCAGGAUGUUACACUCCAUGAUCUAGAUGUUGCUAAUGCUAGACCACAGGGGGGACAAGAUAUUAUGUCUAUGAUGGGACAGUUGAUGAAACCUAAGAAAACUGAGAUCACAGAUAAAUUACGCAAAGAAAUCAACAAAGUUGUCAACAAAUACAUUGACCAAGGCAUUGCUGAGCUAGUCCCUGGUGUUCUGUUUAUUGAUGAAGUCCACAUGUUAGAUAUUGAAUGUUUCACUUACCUACACAGAGCUUUGGAAUCCACAAUAGCACCCAUUGUCAUAUUUGCCACAAACAGGGGGAAAUGUGUUAUCAAAGGAACUGAAGACAUUGUUGCUCCCCAUGGGAUGCCUUUAGAUUUAUUAGACAGAAUUAUGAUUGUUAGAACACUCCCAUAUUCUCAAGAGGAAAUGACACAGAUAUUAAAGAUUAGAGCACAGAUAGAAGGAAUUCAGAUAGAUGAUGAGGCUUUGAAAAAAUUAGCUAUGACAGGAGUCAAAUCAACAUUAAGAUAUGCUGUUCAGAUGUUGACUCCAGCCAAUGUUAUGUCACGGAUCAAUGGCAAAGACUCAGUGACCAAGGAAGAAGUGGAAGAAGUUGGAGAUCUAUUCUUUGAUGCCAAGUCCUCGGCCAAGAUUCUGGCUGAACAAGAAGAUAAAUACAUGAAAUAAUUGUUUGUGUUUUUUUUACUGAUUGUUUACCCUUGUGACAAGAUGGACAUUUUCAAGUGAAUGAUAUUUUUCAUUUUGUAUUCAUUAUUUUAACAUUGUGUAUUAAAUAGUGAAUUUGGUCAUUAAGUUA